AUGACUAAAAGAACAAAGAAGGUAGGAAUCACCGGUAAAUUUGGUGUCAGAUAUGGUUCAUCAUUGAGAAGACAAACCAAGAAAUUGGAAGUUCAACAACAUGCCAAAUACGAUUGUUCAUUCUGUGGUAAAAGAACUGUUCAAAGAGGUGCUACUGGUAUCUGGAACUGUAAAUCUUGUAAGAAAACCGUUGCUGGUGGUGCUUACACUGUUUCCACUGCUGCUGCCGCUACCGUCAGAUCUACCAUUCGUCGUUUGAGAGAAUUAGCUGAAGCUUAA